AUGGCGGCACCUUUCAGCUCUCGUCGCGCAGGAUCUGGCGCUCGGGGCGUGGGCGAGUCGCUCAUCCUCAAGAGACGCCAGCGAGAAGAUCACCUGGCCAGCUACGCCACGUCCGUCAAGGGCUUCUUGAGGGCCAACUCGCGCGCGGAAUGGGAGGACUCGCUGUACGACAAAGGCGAGAAGAAGCAGGUGCGACGGGCGGUCGCUCAGCUCAAGAACCAGCAUGAGUCGCAGCUCCACUCGAGACGACUGCGGCUGGCGGAGCUGUAUAAUCGAGAGAUGGAGGAGUGGGAAGACGCGUGUCUGGCCAAUGUGGAGACCCCGGAAGAUCGGAAACAGAAUAUGAUUCGGCGCGCUUUGGAGCUGAAAGAGCGACGUGAAAGGGAGCGUCAGGCGAUUGUGGAGGAGAAGCGAAUGCAGCAGUAUCGUGAGUCGUGCGACGACUGCCGUGUGGAAGACUCGAACAAGAUCCAGCAGCUUGUACUGCAAGAUCGAGACAAGCAGCUUGAGGAGAGAAUGCGGAUAGCCGAGCAGGAGCGCGAGAUCGAGAUCAUGAUGGCUCAGCUGUGGGAGGAGGAUCGGCUGAAGAAAGAGGAGCGCGACCGUCGAGAUGUGGAAAUGGCGUUGAAGCGCAACGAAGAGAUGAAGAACAUCUUGGACCUUCAGGUAGAUCUAGUGCAGAAGCGGAAGGCUGAGACGGGGGAGCGCAAACGAAGAGAAGACUACGACCAGCUCAGCGAGUGGGAGCGCCUGAAGCAAGUCGAAGAGGAUCUGGAGAAGAAGAACCGUGAGAAGGAGAUCCUGCGAGCGUUGGACGUCAAGAAGUUUAACCAAGAGCGCGUGGAGGCGAAUCGACUGGCUUCGGAGCGGGAGCGGCUGUAUGACCAGCGCUUGCUGGAGCAGGCCCUAGCACUCGAAGCCGACACGCAGCGUCGAGAGAAGGAGCUGCAAGACAAGUUCCGACAGGAUCAGCUCGAGUACCAGCGCAUGCUCAAGCGGCAGAUGGAGACCGAGGCCGAGGAUUCGUCGUACCUGGACAAGCUCCGCAAGGACAUGGAGGAUGAAGUAUGGGCUAAACGUGACGCGCAACACAACACCGAGGAAGCUGCUCGCCAAGAACUUCUGCGCCAAGUGCUCAUUUCACGCAACAACCAGAUCGAGACCAAGCGCAGCAACAAAAUCCAGGCUAGGGAAGAGGACACAGCGUACAUGAACCAGCUCAAGCGCGAUGCAGAGGAGGCGCUGCAAAAAGAACUUCGCGAACAGGAAGAACGGCGGGAGGAGCUCAAGCGCACACAGUCCGACCUGUUGCGUCAGCAGGAAGAGAAGCGAAUCGCAGAGGAGCAAAAGAAGCAGGCCGAGUUUCUGGAGCUCAAGCGCAUGCAGCUGGCCGAGAAGCAGCACAAAGAGCGCGUCAAACAGUUCUCCAGCCACACUCCGCCCACCAACUACCGCCGAAAGACUGCACAAUGGUACUUCGACGCAUGA